CAGGACGAACCUCGCGAAACGCCGUCCAUUCGUUCGACGCACUUACUCGCCGUCUCGCCAUUCGCCGUUCGGUUCGGUAUAACUUUAUUCGCGAGUUAGCGAUCGCGUUCAGUUUUCGUUAAGCCGUCCGACCGAGACGAACCAUUUGGAUCACUUGUUCCUCCGAUCAGCUCUCACUCAAUCGAGAAGAAGAAGAGCUCAGUUAUAUAUCUAUCUUGUGGUUUAGGCAAACCGGAUAACGCAAAAAAUCACCAUUCGCAAAAAAAAAGUGUUCUGUAUUCUGCACGCAUAUAUGGGUGAAGGUGAUCAAGUUCGGCAGAGUUCUGUAUGAUCGAGUAUCCGUACUUAUGAAUGCAGACUGGAGUUAUUUGCAAAACUGCUUGAUCCGGCGAUGCUUCGAGCAGAACAUUUCGUUUGACAUUGAUUGUUGGUGACUGUGAAGAUCGUUUGAGUGUAAAAAAGUGAUUCGUGAUAAUUUCGAUCAACUACCGCAGAGAUUGCUGACGUUGCAAAAACCAAAAACUGGUAAAAAACGAUCAACGGCGGACACAAAGCAGAACCUCAAGAGUGUUGUGAAAGUUGAAGUAAUUUCGCGCGUUUGUUAUUUAGUUUUGUGUGCUGGUCGUUUUUUGGUUUUGCGUUAUUUAUUUACAAUUGCUGCCGGUCAGCCACAGUCAGUGCACUUGUAUCGUGUGUUGUCAGCUGACGUAUUGAAAGUUUUAAAAAAAUCUAUAAUUAGUCCAACAACGUCCCCGAUUAACUAACCAACCCCGAAAGCGAAGGCAGUACAUCGAAUAAAUGGUAGCGAUGGCAAACCCGGCAGACAAUCCGGAGCCCCCGACGAUAACGACGACCACGGCCCAGGACGACAAACUGUCUGCCAAACCGCUUAAAUCCAGCACCGAGAGUCUCAACUCGGACAGCAAUGGAAACCCACUGACCCGUAAGGCGGCCAUCAUGCAGGUCACGAUGGCCAUCGUCGCCAACAUCACCAUCAUCUCGUCCGGAAUGGGGCUGGGAUUCCCUUCGAUUGCCAUGAUCGAACUCACUAACUCGACCAGCUCCGUCAUGUUGACCGAGAAUCAGGCCUCCUGGUUCGCAUCGGUGACAUCGAUUCUGUGUCCGUUCGGUGGACUACUGGCCGGUUUCCUACUGGACAAAAUCGGUCGGAAAAAGACACUGUAUUUCAUCAACGUGAUCUCCGUGGUCUCGUGGGGCAUCAUGGCCUUUGCCAGCAAAACGGACGAAAUGCUACUGUUUGUAGAGCUGAUGGUUGCCCGAGUGAUUAUAGGUCUCGCGAUUGGGCUUUCGAGUUCGCCCGCUUCGGUGUAUGCUGCGGAGAUAUCGCACCCUAAUCUCCGAGGUCGACUAACGCUGCUGACAGCGCUCUGCACCGGCAUCGGAAUGCUGGCGGUUUACACGUUGGGAUAUCUGUUUAAGGACGACUGGCGCUUCGUUUGCAUCCUGUGCGGAAUCUUCACGCUCAUCUCGCUCGUGUCGGUGUACCCGAUCCCAGAGUCACCCAGCUGGCUGGUGUCCAAGAACAAGCUUCCCAAGGCGGAAAAAUGUCUGAAAAAGGUUCGCGCCAUCAAGGAAAACAACCAUCCCAAAAUCCACGAAGAGCUAGACAACCUGGCCGACAACAUUGCCCGUUUCCGCGCCAACCAAACGAGCAGCUCCAAGCUUAUCAUGCUUCGCAAGCCGGAAGUCUACAAGCCUCUGUCGAUUAUGUGCACAUUCUUCUUCUUCCAACAGUUCACCGGAAUCUUCGUCAUCAUCGUGUAUGCCGCACGCUUUUCUAUUGAGGCUGGCGUCAGCAUCGACCCCUUCCUGAGUGCAGUCUUCGUGGGUCUCACCCGUGUUGUGACGACUAUCUUGAUGAGCUACAUUUCAGACAGCUUCGGCAGACGUCCACCGGCACUGUUCUCCGGAUUCGGAAUGGCUACUUGCAUGUUCGGACUGGCCGCCUGUACCGUCUAUCCGGUCAAGGGUACUGAGUUGCAAUGGGUCCCAACAUUCCUGCUGGUGGCAUUUAUCUUCUGUGCUACCCUGGGCUUCCUAACGCUGCCAUUCGCCAUGAUUGCCGAGAUGUUCCCAACGAAAGCACGUGGCUUCCUUGCCGGAUUGACCAUCUUUGCCGGCUACACCAUGUCGUUCAUCAUCAUCAAGGUUUACCCGGCCAUGGUGCACGCCAUGGGCAACGAGUACGUGUUCCUAUUUUUCGGUAUCGUAUCGGUCAUCGGCAUUGGGUUUGUGUACAUGUUCCUACCGGAAACGAAGGGCCGGACCUUGGAGGAAAUUGAAAAUUACUUCCGGGGACAGGUGGACGCUGGGGAGGUCGAACUUAAGCAGAACCAUGAUUCUAAGGUUUGAAAACCAUACAAAGGGCACCUUCCAAGCCGGCAUCCUAUCAAUGCCAUUAUAAGUAAGAACUGUGAUAUGAAGUAACACUUACAAUGUAAGCGAAUAACUACAAUUAGAAAACCCGAAUGUCAGUAAUCUUAGGAACAUAAUUCGCAGAGCGCUAGGAAACUUUGUGUAAAACAAAUUGACAUGUGUUAGCCAGGAUUAAAAAUCGUAAACCAGUAGAAAUUUUAGUGAUUUGAUAGAAAAACACAUUGUAGGUAUCGAACAACUUGUUGCACACCCAGACAUGUAUUUACAACAAAUCCACAGAUCUAUCUAUAUGUUUAGGUAAAAUAGAACAAUAGAACAUGUUUUUGCAGGAAAAUCCACAAGAAAUAAGUACACUGCCAUAAUACAGCUCAGGUGGCAAAGAUACUUACCAUCAUGAUCAUUGAUUGUGUUACAGACAUAUGUUAUAGUGCUAUUUUAGAAUCCAGUUAAUAUUAUGGCCCGUACUAUUUCAAAAAAUGCACGUCAGGUGCGCGGUGCAUGCAGGUAUCUUACGCUUAGUGUACGAAAUAAAAGACAAAUGAAACAAUUUACAA